AUGAGUGAUGUAGAGGAGAACAACUUCGAGGGCAGAGAGUCUCGCUCUCAGUCAAAAUCUCCAACGGGAACUCCUGCUCGUGUAAAAUCGGAGAGCAGGUCAGGAUCUCGUAGUCCAUCACGGGUUUCCAAACAUUCUGAAUCCCAUUCUCGAUCAAGAUCAAAAUCCAGGUCGAGGUCAAGGAGGCAUUCUCAUAGACGUUACAGCCGAUCCAGAUCCCAUUCUCACUCUCACAGGAGACGAUCUCGGAGUAGGUCAUACACCCUGGAAUACCGCCGUCGAAAGAGCCGAAGCCAUUCUCCCAUGUCUAACCGGAGAAGACAUACAGGCAGCAGGGCAAAUCCAGAUCCCAACACUUGUCUGGGAGUGUUUGGCCUCAGUUUGUAUACAACAGAGAGAGAUCUUCGUGAAGUAUUUUCUCGAUAUGGACCAUUGAGUGGUGUCAAUGUGGUUUAUGAUCAGCGAACUGGACGUUCACGAGGGUUUGCUUUUGUCUAUUUUGAAAGAAUAGAUGACUCGAAGGAGGCUAUGGAAAGGGCAAAUGGAAUGGAGCUGGAUGGUAGAAGAAUUCGUGUGGACUAUUCUAUCACCAAGAGAGCACACACACCUACACCAGGCAUCUACAUGGGCAGACCAACUCAUAGCGGUGGUGGUGGAGGCGGAGGCGGCGGUGGCGGCGGAGGCGGCGGAGGAGGAGGCGGCGGCAGGCGUCGAGAUUCUUACUAUGAAAGAGGAUAUGAGCGUGGUUAUGACAGAUAUGAAGACUACGAUUACCGAUACAGAAGAAGAUCGCCUUCUCCUUACUAUAGCCGAUACAGAUCACGGUCACGAUCUCGUUCCUACAGCCCGAGACGCUAUUGA